AAGUUGCAUUGAUGUCAAAUUAAGUGGCGGUCUCUAAGCCAUGUAUACAUUUUUGGAUCUGAGUACUUGGAUAAUUUUUUUUUUUUUUUUUUUUUACAUUAUUUUAAUGUCUUUUAAAAUGUUAAACUUAAAAGCUACAUGGCAGUUCUAUAAUUAGUACUCCAUAUUUGGUAAGAAUUUAGGAUGAAAGUCAUUGAAAAUACUUUGGUGGAAUCUGUGAUGGCCUUUUCAGGUGCUGCAGCUGUAAGUUUAAAAAUGGUAAGAUGAUGCCACCAAAUGAUUUGCCUUUGUUGGUCUAGUUACACUGGUAAGGCUCUACUAUAGUUGGUGUUAGUUCAUAGCCUGUUCAGGAACAUCUGAAUCCAAUAAUUUAUAUAUGUAAUGAAAUCUUAAAAUGUGAUCCAAAUAAUUAUAAUAGUUUUACAUUGAAAUCUGGCCAGCAAUCUUUAUAAAAUACCUAAAAAUAAAUCCUAAUCCUGUAACGACUGGAAAAGUCUCUGAAAUUCACUUAUCAAAACGCGAUGAAACCCAGGAUAUGACUAAUAUAACAUCACUGCUAGAACUGAUAUUAAUGACUUCUUACCUACAUUAUCUUAUGUAAAUUCACUAAUCUGAAUUUGAAACUUUAAAUGUAUUAGUAUCUUUUGAAAUGACAUAAACCUAGUUUAAUACGUGAUAAAUGUAUUAAUGCUAAUAAAGUGGGCAUAAUGAGAAUCUCGUUUUCACUUCACUUCGUUGUUAAGUGGUGUCACCAUUAAAAACUACAGAUUACAACUCUAGUCUCUUGGAGACUGCUUUUGUGUCGUCCUUAAAACAGCUUAACCCCUUAUCUACUGCUCGCAGCUACAUUUGAAUCAAGGAUAUUAAUAUUGUCAAAACAAAGAAAUAUUCCCGGAACACAAGCAGAAAUUUGAGAAAUCAAAAGGCAAAAAGUGUUGACAAAACAUUUAGGGGGAAGAACCGUCUGCGCAGAGGAGUGACAGCUGCUUCAAGGCUGUGCCAGUUACACAGGAGCAUGGCUCGGACCUGGGGUAACUUUUUCUUCUCUCUUCUCGAUUACAAGACAGAGAAGUUUGUCAUCGCUAAAAACAAAAAGGUCGGAGUUCUGUUCAGACUCUUUCAGCUGGGGGUGAUUGGAUAUCUGAUCGGGUGGGUUUUUCUUUGGAAGAAAGGCUAUCAGGAGACUGAGGAGGCCAUCCAGAGCUCUGUGAUCACUAAACUCAAGGGUGUAGAUCUCACCAACAGCUCUCAGUCUGGCCUGCAGUUAUGGGGUGCAGAGGACUAUGUCAUUCCCCCACAAGGGGAGAGAAUCUUCUUUAUUGUGACAAAUUACAUAGUGACACCCGACCAAAGGCUGGGUUACUGCCCUGAGAGUCCUAAAGUACCAGAUGGUUUAUGUAAUUAUGACAAUGAAUGUGUGGAAGGGGAAAGUGUCAUAGCAGGCCAUGGAGUGAAGACAGGCCGCUGUAUAAAUGACACAGGAACGUGUGAGAUUUAUGCCUGGUGCCCUGUUGAGCAUGGCCAGACACCAUCGGAGCCCUUGCUGUCGAAGGCAGAAAACUUCACAGUCUAUGUAAAGAAUUUCAUCAAGUUUCCAAAAUUUGCCUUCUCCAAAUCGAACGUCCUGCCUACUGCCAACAGAACCUAUCUGAAGACGUGCAGAUAUGACAAGGAGCAUCAUCCCUAUUGCCCUAUCUUUCUUGUGAGAGAUGUGAUUAACUGGACUGGAUACAGUUUCCAGGAUUUGGCAACAAAGGGAGGUUCAAUUGGAGUUGGAAUCGAGUGGAAUUGUGAUUUGGAUAAAGAUGAAUCUCAAUGUAACCCUGAAUACAGCUUCACACGCUUAGAUUCCUCUAAACAUUCACAGAACUCUGUCAUUGGGGGUUACAACUUCAGAUUUGCUCGAUACUACAAUGAUGCAGCAGGUCAGCCCUAUCGGAAUCUGUUUAAAGUGUAUGGCAUUCGGUUUGAUAUAUUAGUUAAUGGAAAGGCUGGGAAAUUCAGUAUCAUUCCUACAGUGAUCAAUAUUGGCUCUGGACUUGCUUUAAUGGGGGCUGGGGUUUUUGUCUGUGACAUGAUUCUGCUCUACAUGAUGAGCAAAAGCUCCUUCUACAGAGAGACAAAGUUUGAGGCAGUCACAAAAAAGCAAUCUGGAAAGCACAGAGAGAGAAAGCAUGUAAGACAUCACGGUCAUCAUCGUCAAGAUGGGCGACACAGGAGAGAGGAGAAACAGGCAACAGAGACAUACCCAUUGACAUCAGUGUCAUGUCAGCCCAAUAACAACCCAGAGAGACAGAUCCAGCCCACAGGCUCAACACUCAAAACCCAAAGUCCCGAGAGAAAGCCACAGGGCACAGUGUCAUUCAGGACUCAGCACGCUACAGAAAAGCAGAAAAACAUUUCACCUGUUUCCACCCUGAGACCACAACACAACCAGUAGAGCAUUUUUGAUGCUAAUCCCAUUGGAUUUACUUUGGAUGUAUAAAAGGUAUUGUAGUGGGUUUGUGCUCAGUCAUACCAAAGAGGAAUACUGCCAGUGUUAUGCUCUCCUUUUGUUUUAAAUGCCUUUUUUUUUUUACAAAGGAUUUGCAAUGAGAUAACUAAAUAGUUUUUUAUAAAUUUGACCUGACACAAAAAAUUGUCAAACCAAGGUUGAAUAAAUGUUAAAAUAUUUUACGAAAAA